CCGUCCUCCGCUGCGCCGGACCGGCGCGGGAAGAUCAGCGCCGGCCUGGAAACUACUUACUUACUCUCCCCGAAGUGACUCACCAAACACUUUACUCUCGAACAAACCAUCCAUCGAUCUGCAAUGGAAGCCAAGUUCUUGCGGCUUCUGAAGCUCGUGGGGGUCGGUUUCAAGGCGAGGUCAGAGAGCCAAGGCCGUGAGUUGUUCCUGAAACUGGGCUACAGCCACGAGGUGCAGUUCACCGCACCGCCCGCCGUCCGCGUCUUCUGCUUCAAGCACAUAAUCUGCUGCAUCGGCAUCGACAAGGACAGGGUUUACCAGUUCGCCGGCGCCGUCCGGAGCUGCAAACUCCCAGAGGUGUACAAGGGGAAGGGCAUACUGUACAUCGACGAGGUCAUCAAGCUGAAGCCCAUUAAGAAGGAGCGAAAGCCGAAGUGACAGCGGGAAGGUGUCAGAAACUCAGAACUUUAUACUUUUGGCCUUCAACCUCUUGAGAAUCGAUUCUACUGCGCAUUUGUAGCAAUGCGGGUUUCAUGUGAUUUCUUGUGAAGCAUUAUCCCAGAUUUGCCUCAGUAGUGUCAGGCAAUGCGACGUACCCGAGGCAUGUAGUAUGACCUUGAAUAGGA